AUGGUUCAACGAAGGAAGCAGCUUAAGCCAAGCGGCCCAGAGAGGGAUAGGCCAGAAGCUAACCUGUUCCUACGGAGCUGUCCUGAUACAAAAUCGCCAUUGGUAGCUUUGCCAGCGGAAAUUCAUGGUAUCAUAACGAGCCUUCUCGUUCAAUCCCGAGACCUCAAUCAUCUUUGUUGUACGUGCAAGACCUUGAGUGCCGUUGUCCUCCCUACACUCUACCACACCAUCGAAUUGAAAAUUCCGCAGCAAUGGAGUCGGCUCCCUUCGCUAGAGAACCUUCUCGCAUCUUCAUCGGAAGGCCUCAAGUAUACCAGAUCUCUGAGGAUUGUUCCGAGACAGUACCGUCAAGACGUCGUCGAGAAUGAACACGAGUUCGGAGACGAAGAGGAAUCUGUAGCAGAGACCGAAGUGGACGAUGCAGAAGAGGAGGAAGACGGAGAGGAAGACGAUGGGUUAUUCAGAGUCUAUCGUCCACGCACUUCAGCUUCCAAUGCUCUGAAUGCCUUCAUCCGCGUGCUUAUAGCAAAACUUCCACCGCAGCAGCUCCACACGUUCUGGUGGGAACACGAUUGUCCACUCAACACCCUUACUCUUUCGAUCGUGCUCAAGCACCAAGCGACCUCACUCCGCACCCUCAACCUCAGAGAUUAUACCGGUAAUUGGAGGAAAGCGGACCUAGCAAAAUUGACGAUGGGGGGCUUAACAACUCUCGGUAUCGAUGAAUUGGGAAGGGGUGAUUCAUGGGCAAUAGAGUUGCUAGCGAGGAAUUACCAAGAAUUGCGCAAAUUGCGACUCGGCAGCGAAAUGGAUCUUGUCACAGAAUAUGCAGAGGAUGGAUGUUUGGAUUCUAACGAGGACGGCCGCUUCCAACUCACCGAGAAUUUUGCAGAGCUCCUGAAAGACAAAGUCGCGGCUUUGAAUGGACCCUCCACUCCUGUUGUACGGCUUGAUUCCCUGUCGCUGGUUGGGCUCAAUCUCUUUUAUUUCGCCAAAGGCUGGAUCGAGCCUGUCAAUGACUUCACCAGUUUGAGCAUGCUGACACUCGAAUCAUGCGCUUGUGUGGAGGCAGCUUUUCCUUUGCUCAUGGCGGUAGAGGCUGGUAGACGUAAAGCGAAGAGCGCUCUUCGGCUCCAUACUUUUGCAAUACGACACGAAAACACCAGCGAUGAAUUCUUGCAGGGACUAGAAAGCUUCCUGCUCUCAUUGAAGCCACUCACUAAUCUUCAUGUACUCUUGGAAGGUUGUUAUGAAAGGGAUAUCGAAAUGGGUAAAGUACUGAAACUUCACGGGAAAUGCUUACGAUCUCUUGUAUGGCAACAAAGGACGAGGCCAAGGAGUAAUAUGCUCGCGGACACUUCACUCUUUCCAGACGACUACGAGGAAUUGAAGCUUGUCGCAAAAUAUUGCACUGGGCUCAAAGCCUUGGGAAUCUCGCUUGAUUGGGCAGAUAUUGCAAGGUCCGAAGAUAGCCAUGAAGAGAUUGCUUCUUCAUUCUCUCAAUUGAGUCAGCUUCAGACUUUGAAUAUACGAAAUCUACCAGCGGCAUCGACAUCUAGAACCUGGCUUCCCACUGAUUACAUGAUGGAAGGCCUAGCCACAAUGCUCCUCAAUAUCGUCACCAAUAAGACGCGAAUCGAGCAAGGACCGGUACUGAAAACCCUAGCCAUUGGCGCAUCAACGUAUGGGAGUGUCAGGGGGGCCAUGAGCCAUUAUUCUCCAAACAGUGCCUCAACAUUCCUUCAACUUCGCAUCUACCACGUAAACUACGACUGCCGAUACCGAGAUCUUAUCUCUCCGAAGUUGCACCUGAUAGCAAGGGGGACGGCCGCUGAUGCAUGGGGUAACGCCGAGAAUCUCGACAUAUUCGCGCUGUAUUGGCUUGACGGCGCUCCGCAAGACGCCCGGACCCGUUUUUGA